AUCAAGCACCUAGGCAUGCAGACUGCUUCUACAAACAUUUUUGAAAGAAUAGGUCGCUCUCAGGAGCUCAGUGAAUUCAAGCGUGGUACUGUGAUAGGUUACCACCUGUGCAAUAAGUCCAUCCAUGAAAUUUCCUUGCUACUAAAUAUUCUACAAUCAACUGUUAGUGGUACUAUAGCAAAGUGGAAGCAACUGGGAAAAACAGCAACUCAGCCACGAAGUGGUAGGCCACGUAAAAUGACAGAGUGGGGUCAGCGCAUUCUAAAGCGCACAGUACGCAACAGUCCCCAACUGUCUGCAUAGUCAUUAGCUAAAGACCUCCAAAGUUCAUGUGGCCUUCAGAUUAGCACAACAACAGUGCAUAGAGAGCUUCAUGGAAUGGAUUUCCAUGGCCAAGCAGCUGCAUCCAAGCCUUACAUCACCAAGUGCAAUGCAAAGCGUCGGAUGCUGUGGUGUAAGGCAUACCGUCACUGGACUCUAGAGCAGUACUUACUUGACUGCAUUAUGCCAAGUGUAAAGUUU